AUGAUCCAGCCUCCGUCAUCCUGCAUCCAUCAUCCAUCAUCCAUCAUCCCGCAUCCAUCAUCCCGCAUCCAUCAUCCCGCAUCCAUCAUCCCGCAUCCAUCAUCCCGCAUCCAUCACCCUGCAUCCAUCAUCCUGCAUCCAUCAUCCAUCAUCCACGAUCCUGCAUCCAUCAUCCCGCAUCGAUCAUCACGCAUCCAUCAUCCCGCAUCCAUCAUCCAGCCUCCAUCAUCCAUCAUCCUUGAUCCUGCAUUCAUCAUCCUGCAUCCAUCAUCCUGCAUCCAUCAUCCAUCAUCCGUCAUCCUGCAUCCAUCAUCCAUCAUCCAUGAUCCUGCAUCCAUCAUCCCGCAUCCAUCAUCCCGCAUCCACGAUCCUGCAUCCAUCAUCCCGCAUCCAUCAUCCUGCAUCCAUCAUCCAGCAUCCAUCAUCCAUCAUCCACGAUCCUGCAUCCAUCAUCCCGCAUCCAUCAUCCUGCAUCCAUCAUCCAGCAUCCAUCAUCCGGCCUCCGUCAUCCUGCAUCCAUCAUCCAUCAUCCAUGAUCCUGCAUCCAUCAUCCCGCAUCCAUCAUCCCGCAUCCAUCAUCCCGUAUCCAUCAUCCAGCCUCCAUCAUCCACGAUCCUGCAUCCAUCAUCCAUCAUCCACGAUCCUGCAUCCAUCAUCCCGCAUCCAUCAUCCUGCAUCCAUCAUCCAGCAUCCAUCAUCCGACCUCCGUCAUCCUGCAUCCAUCAUCCAUCAUCCAUGAUCCUGCAUCCAUCAUCCCGCAUCCAUCAUCCCGCAUCCAUCAUCCCGCAUCCAUCAUCCAGCCUCCAUCAUCCAUCAUCCACGAUCCUGCAUCCAUCAUCCUGCAUCCAUCAUCCAUCAUCCACGAUCCUGCAUCCAUCAUCCUGCAUCGAUCAUUCAGCAUCCAUCAUCCUGCAUCCAUCAUCCAUCAUCCUUCAUCCUUACGAAACGUUUAAAUAUAUUGAGUCUGUGGUCAUUUACCAGCUGACAUUGACAAAUGACAAGUUUUUGUGUUUCAACAUUACAAAUAAAUACCAGAAAAGUGUUGUGUACGCGAUGGCAUCGAGUUAUUUAAAUGAAAAUGAAGCGCCUCGAGAUUUUAAAGUCUCGUCGACGGAGAGUGAUGGUCAUUACAAGAAGUGCCUCCUAUGUUACACCGUGAAAAGAAACUUUUACUGUCCGGAUUGCAUCAGGGCGGGCAAUUUCGUGCAUUCUUCGAUGCCUUACGCAGACAGAUACGCAGAAAAACAAGCAAAACUACUCAGAAUGAAAGUGAACCGCAAACAUGUGUUAGACAGAUGUGAAAAGCUCUUAUCUUCAAAACUAAAAAAGGACACAUUGCUGACAGAAGCAAAGCAAUCGAGAGACAAUCUGGAUUUGCUACGAUUAGCCAUUGAACAGAGACGAUCUAACAUUGAAGAAAAACGAAAACAGCUCAUAGAACUAAAAAAUAACAAUAACGAAUUAAUACUAAAAUUACCGAGGUAUCAAAAGCGUGUGUCUAGUCUUGGCAAGCACUCACAGCAGCAGCGGAUGGAGUUAGAGAACAAAGUCAGUAUGUAUAAUGAACAAGCAGAAUCUUUGGCAGCAUUACGGCGGUCACGGAUAAGACAGCUCACUAAAUAUAUAUUCCCAGUCUAUAUGAGUUAUGACACUAGUGAGAGUAUUGAAGACAUGGAGUUUAUAGGCGAAGACACUGCGGAGGAGCCACCUCAGCGGCCGCAGCUGCACAUCGUGGCGCCCUGGAUUAGCACCGACGGGGACUGUUCGCCUGUCCAGGCCUGGUUGCGUCAGAACAAGGAGUGCGGGUGCGGGGGCGCGCUGGGCGGCGGCGCGCGCGUGGUGGCGGCGCUGGCGCUGUGCGCGCAGCUGCUGGCGCUGCUCGCCUGGGCGCUGGACGCGCGUCUGCCGCACACCAUCUCACUCAAUGAGUACUGCAACUGGCGCGUGUCGGAGAGCGGCGUGUCGUGGCGCGCGCGGCGGCUGGCGGCGGCGGCGGCGGCGCUGGCGGCGCGCGCGGCGCUGCCCCCGCCCGGCGCCGCGCCGCCGCACGCGCUCGCCGCGCUGCACACGCUCGUCGUGGCCGCCGCCACCGACGACCCCAUGCUCGGCAGGGUGGAGUCGUGGAUGAGUAGUUACGAGGCGGGCGUGCGCGGCGUGUGGGCGGAGGCCAUCGCGGCGCUGGGCGACCUGGACGCGGACGACACAGAGCCGCCCGAACAUCUCACCUGGCCAGAGACCAUGGAGAUAGAGGAGUUGAGUUGCACCCCUCCUCCCGCGCCGCCCGCGCAGUCGCUGGUGACGUCAGCGGCCGCGUCGCUGGCCUCCAUGUGGCGCGUGUUCACCAAGUGACCGCGCGGGCCGGGGCCAGGGGGGGCAGCCUGGGCCACGCUGGGUCCAAACGGGGCUGAGGGGGAUUCAGCAUGGGCCACGGUGAGACCAGCCUGGGCCACGCUGGGACCAAUCGGGACCAGAAAAUAUCAGGCUGGGUCUGGAGAUCUCUCAACUGUUCUGUGCUCUUAAUUUUUUAUUCCUAACGAAUCUGUCUUCAGUGAAAGCUAACAAAGGAUAUUACUUUGUAAAAGUGACUUUUAAAUUUAGCAAGUGACGUCGUAGGAGUUUUGAUCUUCGUAGUAAUUGAAGUUUCUAUUCUCCGUUGGUAAUCAUCUAGUCUAACUAUGAACAUACGAAUUUAAAGAAACGCCUGGUUAUAUAUUUAACGACUACAAUUAAUAGAAAUGGGUUAACGAAAUAAAAAAUACUUAUAAUAAAAAAAAUCUAUAACAUUACUUAUAUGUAUUUCUAUAUAGGCCAUACAAAUCGCCUUAUAAUAUUCAGCUAUAUGUCCGGCACAGGUAGCUUCCUUAAUUGCUAUUUGCUAUAUGGCACUAAAACAAUAAAAUAUACCAAAAGACUACAAGGUGCAAGGAGAAUGCAUAACGCUUUUGCAUACUGGCAAUAAAAAAUACCCUAGCCAAUAGCUCCCCAAAAUAAAAAAUGGCCCACCCUACAAAUAGAGAUCACGACUGGGGAUAGAAGUAAAAAUGUAUUAAGUCCGUCUGAUCGAAGGAGAUGACAUAUGUGUCAUAUUAACUGCUUUGAACACAUGAACAAAGAUACAGUAUAAGCAUUCGUGGAUCACACACAUGUUCAGUUCAGUGGGUUUGGCGUGGGGACCCUCAACCACUCGAGCAGUCAAUGUAUGCGGUAUAAACAUCAAAUAUGUGUCCAAUAUUAUUAAUUAAACUACUUGAUGGACAUAAAAAAAAUGUCAUAAUCCCUAAACAUUACCUGAUCAAAACUAGCAAGGGAGGGACAAUAUUUGGAACAAAACGACUACUGAAAUAGAUAAACGAAAAAUAAUACUUGAAUGAUUGCCAUACAUUUUCUUUACACCUUGUAUAACUAUAUAUAUUGUAACACUAGCUAUAGUUCACCCGCCUGUUUGCUCGACUCCAUAGGGUCGUAGUGUGAUGUUAGCCUUAAGUUAUAGUAGGCAAGAGCAGGGUGCCUAUUAGCGCCCCUUGGAGUAUGACAGCUGAAGAUAUGAAAGGGAGAUGUGGCUAUACUGUAUAGCGGUGUCCCGCUUCCACAACUUCGAUAAGACUCCAAGAGGAGCUGGUAGACCUAAAGGACUUUAAAAUCAGACUAUUCUCAGAUAUAGAUUUGUAGAUUAGCUAGUUCAAAACAAUCCGACAGCUUUAUUUUCUUAGUAUUUUCAAUCCGCAAUUCCAAUCACGGAAAACUGCAGACCUGCAAACCGCAUCUGUUUGCGAAUUUAUUAUAAAAAAAAAACAAAUAACACUUGCUGAAACAGAGGUAUCAAAAAGGCAAGUGAUGCAAUUUAUAUUUUCGAGUAAUUCUUUAUUGUAUGGUAUUUUAGAUACUAAAGGUAUCUUGCUGACUUUUUGUAAUAAAAUACUGAAUAAUUUACUUUCUCACGCAAUUAA